AUGAUCACAUGAAUCUGAACCGCUCCCAGCGCGUGCUGCCAUUUCAGUAUUCCGGGAAAACUGGACUCCCUCCUGCGUCACAGCCACAGUCCCCACCACCACCACCACUAUCAUCAUCAUCCCCUCCCUCGGCACGCAGCUUAGAGCUUAGAGGGGCACGGUCACUCCAGUAAACACAGGGCGACCAUUGCUUGCAGUCACCGUUAGAUAUAUUUUUUCAUUCGGCGUUAAAAUGGCCAGCUUCAACGAAGAAACUGCAAUGAGAGAGCCCAAGAAACGAGAACGUCCAACAGGUUCAAGCAAGCAUGAUAUGGAAGUUUUGGAGAGCGAGGACUCUGGCAUCGGCUUGUGUGGCUGGCUGUUGGUCGCAUUUUCCAUUCUCCUCAUGCUAGCUACUCUGCCCAUCUCAAUAUGGAUGUGCAUUAAGAUUGUGAAGGAGUAUGAGCGAGCCAUUAUCUUCCGCCUGGGCCGCAUUUUGCGAGGAGGAGCCAAAGGACCAGGGCUGUUCUUCAUCUUGCCGUGCACUGACAGCUUUAUUAAUGUGGACAUGCGUACCAUCACCUUCGACAUCCCACCGCAAGAGGUUUUGACCAAAGACUCGGUGACAGUCAGCGUUGAUGGCGUCGUGUAUUACCGCGUCCAGAAUGCUACUCUGGCUGUGGCUAACAUCACUAAUGCAGAUGCUGCUACCCGGCUGUUGGCCCAGACCACCCUGAGGAACGUCCUGGGUACCAAGAACCUGGCAGAGAUCCUGUCUGACCGUGAAGAAAUCGCACACAGUAUGCAGUCUACUCUGGACGACGCCACAGAUGACUGGGGGAUCAAGGUGGAGCGGGUGGAGAUCAAAGACGUCAAGUUGCCCCUUCAGCUCCAGAGAGCCAUGGCUGCUGAGGCCGAGGCCAGCCGUGAGGCCAGAGCCAAGGUGAUAGCGGCAGAGGGAGAGAUGAAUGCCUCGCGGGCUCUGAAGGAGGCCUCCCUGGUGAUUGCUGAGUCUCCGUCAGCCCUGCAGCUGCGUUACCUCCAGACCCUCAACACCAUCGCCGCCGAGAAGAACUCCACCAUCAUCUUCCCGCUGCCACUGGAAAUGAUGCAAGGCUUCAUGAAACAUUAAGCGGCGAGGAGUCUCAAAACACGUUGUUCACAUGUAACCACAUGCAUCACUUACACACACAUAUUUAGGCCCUGUGUCUGUUAAGCAGUGUUCAGAUUUAAAAUGAUGCUUGUUCCUGUUGUUCAAAAGCUUUUUGUCACCCCGCCAUCGCAUUUGAACACACCUCACAGAUCAGCCAGCCCACAUGCAUGCAUCUUCUCUGUGUGAGAGAACAAAUACCUACACUGAUAAUUCAUUUUUUUCUUGCUUUUACAUUAAUUUGACAACUUAAGUAAUUGAGCAGAACAUAAAAACAUAACAAAUAUGAAAUGUAACUUGUGUCACAUGGUUGCGUCACUCAGAUCAGUUUUUGUGCACUGAUCUGUUGGCCAAUCAGAAAUCUCUCUAUCACCACUGCCGACAGUGCCAAACAGAAUCUACAGCGGUCAGCUGGGUGUGACCACUCACUGAAUUUAUUUGGUUCAUGUAUGAGAGUAUUAAGUUUGUGUAUGAGACUGAACUAAAACCAGCCACAGUGCAGCAGGUGGUGUAGCUUUUAUUCUGCAGUUUAAUUCUACAGAUGUAGAAAUCAGGAGACGUUCCCUGACUGUCAAAGUAGACGCAGGAAGCCCAGACCUCAUUUACACACAUUUUAAAGGAAAGUGCCUGCUGGGUAUAUGGCCUUAAAACACACACACACACACACACACACACACACACACACACACACGCACGCAUGUUCUCAGUAUCUCCAGAUAUUAUAGUACCGUGACCACUGCCAGCAUCAUAGUGCUCUCAUCAUUUUAUACCUAAUAGUAGUUUCAUGAUAGCCAGAUGCAGAUUUAUUUAUUACUUUUCAUUUAUUAUUAGGGUUUAUUCCGGCCCCCAAAACCAGAUUAUGUAUGUUAGUUGUGCCAUUGCACAUUUUCACUAAAUGUUAGUGUAAAACUCAUUCCAGCUUCAUCAUUAAACUUACAUUUAUACCUCAAAGGUUCAGACACAAUCUUGGCUGUACAGUAUACACUCUGAACCUGCUCCGUUCUUAUUCUUUGCUUUCAUCCAGAAGGUGCUGGCAAUGCUGGAUUUUAAUUUACUGAAAAUACAUUUAAUAUGGGGCAUUAAUGACUGAACUGUUGGCAUUUUUAGACAAAUAAGAUGGAUGGUUUGGCUCCUUCAGAAAGUCGGGAUUGGCAACAGUGUCAUACAGAUAUGACACACACACUUUUCCUCUGUCAAACACAAACAUUUCUGUGACACACUGUAACUCACUUGAAUAUGUUUACAGUAUGCUUUUACAUGGUGUAUGCUAUAUUUAGAUCAGUGGAACACACUCGAUUGCCAUAGCUGACCCACGGACACAAACCGUGACUAGACGUGUGUAUAAAUGUACAGCCAUCAGUUGGUAUAAUUUUGUCCACCCCGUUUGGCUUUACUGCUUAGGAGAAGCAGGGACUGUUAGAAAGAAACCUAUCGCAAAUCUUUUAGCCAAAAGCCUUAACUUGCUCACACCAGUUCAUUUUACAGCUUAAUGUCACGUUUCUAUGCACUUCCAAAUUAAACUGAAUGAUUUUAUUUACUUAUUUUUUGAAGACAAUAAUAUUUUAUCACAUACGCUCCGAGGGUGGAAACAAACAAGCCAAAUAGUUAAUCUUAUCUAAAAAUUGUACUUGUUAUGUUUUCCCUCCUUUUGACAUAUAAAGGACAGGAACGUUGGUAUACGUAUGUUACAAUAUCUAGUGUAUGUGUAACUCAUUAGUGUUGCUAUGUCUGUACUUCUACAAUGUCUAUUUACAUAGAAAUAUAUAGAUUUACAUAUAUACACAUAGAUAAUCGCAGUCCUGUGAAGUUUAGAAUAGUUUUGCUGUGGGUAGACGGGUUUAAGUGGCACUAUUUUUGCUUUUCUUUCAUAUUUUUUUGUUAUGAAAUACAAAGGCUGUUAGAAUAUGUAACUCCUUUAUGUUUGAGUUAUUGCUGCUGACACGUUCAUGUUCACAUGUUUAGUUUGAGCGCUACAGAGUGUGUUACAGAGGGAAGAGAUGGUUACACUGAGACUGCAUCGCUGAGCGCUACUGUUUCACCAGUAGUUUGUGGUUGUUGUACCUUGUCCACUUCCUCAGGCCUUUCCCCGAGCUCUCUUGGCUUUCACAUAACAACAUGAAACCCUGCUCAUUAAAGUGAAGUAGUACAUAAGCUUUGAAUGUAAUUA